AUGCUCUCUCGCUUCGUUACACUCGGCCUGGCCACUCUUCUGGCCCUCCUCGGCCCGUCGCCCGUCGCGGCCGCCCCCAAACACUACGUCUUUUUGGAUGCGCCGGCCGACAACACCUACGCCUGGACCGUCACCAGCUGGGUGGCCGGCUAUUCAGAGGAUGACGCGCUCUGCUCCUAUAACUUUAACAUCUCCGGCCCCUUCUCCGGCGGCCAGAUGCCCAUCCCCGCCUUCGUCGCGUACUGCGCCGGCACCGGCGUGGGCGCGCCGUACGCGCUGUGCCACAUUACCGACCUGCGCAACACGACGAAGCGGCGGCAGGUGGCGGCCAAGCUGCUCCCGGGCAACGAAACAACGGCGACCGAGGCCCGCCUGGCGGUGUCGUACCGCUUCGACGACCUGAACGUGGCGGACGCGUGGUGGAACUACACGUCGUACGCGACGCAGCCGUACAGCAACACAGUGGCGGGCGGCGGCGGGGCGGCCGUGUUGACCAACGGGACGACCUUUACCAUGACGCCGUCGGAGGUGUUUGGUGUCGCGUAG